AUAAAAAAUAAAAUCCCAAUUGUUUAUAUACAUUGCCUGCAUUGCCUAAUUCUAAACCCCUUCCCCUCCGCUCCUUUUGUUUUGCGAUCGAAUCCGGCUGCCGGGAAUCUUAUAACCGGAGGUAUUGUAAGCAAGAGAUCUUUCUUGGAAUAAUCUAUCAAUUUCAUGUCCCGAACCCGCAAUAUUGUUGUUGCCUCGAGCUUGUUGGUAUUUGCAGGUGGUGGUUUAGCAUUUCCCUUUUAUAUGGCAACCAGGUCAUCAAAGACCCCUGUGAUUGACUCAUCAAAACCACUACCUCCUCAGGCAACUUUUCGAGGACCUUAUAUCAACACUGGAUCACGUGAUGUUGGACCUGAUCAUCAAACUUAUUCGAAAAAGUAGUUUUACAAUCCUCCCUGCAGUAGAAGGCAAGCAAACUUCUGUAAUGAAGAUCUAUGACAGACAUCUGAUGCCAAAUCUAAACUAAAAAUAAUUUGCAGCUCAAGUUUUUGAAAUUCAUCUUGAAUAUAAAUGUUGAAUUGCGUGGUUC